UAUACGCAUAAUCAGCAACACAAAAUGUAGAAACAAAGUAAGAAAUCAAUACCUUGUAAAGUAGACAAAAAUAAAACAACACUUCAAAUACUCGCAAGAAAACCAAAACAUGAAAUGGAAAAUCUAUUGAAACUCAUAGCCAAAAUGGGUCUAUGUUUCACAAAAUCACAUAAUAUUCCAAUCUCAUCUUCACCUGAAGGCUCGCCGCCCCGCCGUUUCUAUCAACCACAAACAAGAGAAUCACCACCACGACCGCCACCCCCACCACCACAACCGCAACCACAUCCAAGACCAACUAUUUCUUCAAUACCAUCAAAACCAAAUCUAUCUUCACAAAUUGGACCAAUAUUAGGAAACCCACUUUGUGAUUUAAGUACACUUUACGUUCUUGAUAAAGAACUAGGUAGAGGACAAUUUGGCAUCACUUAUCUGUGUACUGAAAAAUCAACUGGCGUAAAAUAUGCAUGUAAAUCAAUUUCCAAGAGGAAACUCCUUAGUAAAAAAGAAAUUGAAGAUGUUAGAAGAGAAGUUCUGAUGUUACAACAUUUGACAGGACAACCAAAUAUUGUGGAAUUCAAAGGUGCUUAUGAAGAUAAACAAAAUGUUCAUUUAGUUAUGGAAUUAUGUUCAGGUGGUGAACUCUUUGACAGGAUUUCUACGAAAGGAAGUUAUACAGAAAAAGAAGCAGCAAGAACAUUUAGACAGAUUGUGAACGUUGUACAUGUUUGUCAUUUUAUGGGUGUUUUACAUAGAGAUUUGAAGCCUGAGAAUUUCUUGUUAGUUAAUCAUGAAGAGUUUUCUCCUCUUAAAGCUACCGACUUCGGUCUCUCAGUCUUCAUUGAAGAAGGGAAAUUUUACCGUGAGAUGGUGGGAAGCGCAUAUUAUGUAGCUCCAGAAGUAUUACGUCGAAAUUACGGAAAGGAAAUAGAUGUUUGGAGUGCUGGUGUCAUUUUGUACAUACUCUUGAGUGGUGUACCUCCAUUUUGGGCUGAAACUGAAAAGGGGAUAUUUGAUGCUAUCUUAGAAGGUCACAUCGACUUCAAAAGUGCACCAUGGCCUACAAUAUCUGCUUCCGCAAAAGAUCUCAUCACAAAGAUGUUAACGCAAGACCCUAAGAAACGGAUCACAGCUAGCCAAGUUUUGGAACAUCCUUGGAUGAAAGAAGGAGGUGAAGCAUCGGAUAAACCUAUUGAUAGUGCUGUCCUCAUUAGACUGAAGCAAUUCAGAGCAAUGAACAAGUUAAAGAAACUCACUCUAAAGGUCAUGGCAGAAAACCUUUCAGAAGAAGAAAUUAAAGGUUUGCAGCAAAUGUUUAACAACAUGGAUACUGAUCGAAGCGGUACAAUUACCAUUGAAGAGCUUAAAAAUGGACUGCACAGACUUGGAUCAAAGCUUACAGAAUCUGAAAUCAAGCAACUAAUGGAUGCAGCUGAUGUUGACCAGAGUGGGAGUAUCGAUUACCAUGAGUUCAUAACCGCUACAAUGCACCGGCAUAGGUUGGAGAAAGAAGAGAACUUGUACAAAGCGUUCCAGUACUUCGACAAAGACGGGAGUGGGUUUAUCACGAGAGACGAACUUAAACAUGCUAUGAGUAAAUAUGGAAUGGGGGACGAAGAGACUAUCGAUGAAGUCAUCAACGAAGUUGACAUUGAUAAAGAUGGCCAUAUUGAUUAUGAAGAAUUUGUCGCCAUGAUGAGAAAAGGAUCUCAUGAAACUGAUGGACCACAACCUGAAUAACCAUCUGGUCAUUGCAAGUAAAUCAGAAAAUAAAGAGUGACCUAUUCUUCUUGCAAUGUAUUACCUGUUUAAUUUUCUUUGGUUAUGUUUGAUGAAGCAAUUCUUGCCAAGUCUACCAAAUAGAAUGCUAUGUAAAUAAUAUUAAUCAUGUAACAUUUUUACUUGAAUCCAUCCAUAUUCCUUCUAGCA